ACGGAAGGGACCCAGCCGAGGGAUUUGGAGGGAACCCGAACAGAUCAUGUACUUUGGGGCUCGUUGUGGCGGGAAAAUGUCCGUACAGUCCUUAAUUCCCAUAUAAAACCCUAAUGCCCAUUUAUCUCAUCAGCUAUCCCCACAUGACAUCGACACACUCUCCUUCCGGUUAUCCAGUAUUCUGAUACAGUGAUACUAUUCAUAUCUCACCAUCAAAUCAUUCUUUUGAUACCUAAACUGUCCAGAUCACAGUUUUAGGCAGGAAGGUUGGAGCUUGGUCGAAGUUAUUUAUCUAUUAUUCACGGGGUUGUGAGAAAUGGCUAGUGAGACUGUUGAUGACGGGGAGCAGACCAUUACAAUCAAAGAGUAUCUUAACGAGGUCGAAGAAGAGGAAUUGGAGGCGGAUUUGGUUUUGGGUGGAGAUGAAGGCAAGGAGUGCACCUAUACUAAGGGGUAUAUGAAGAGACAGGCUAUUUUCUCAUGCCUCACUUGCACCCCAGAAGGAAAUGCUGGAGUUUGCACUGCAUGCUCCUUAUCUUGCCACGAUAGUCAUGAGAUUGUGGAGCUCUGGACCAAGAGAAAUUUCAAGUGUGAUUGUGGGAAUUCAAAAUUUGGGGAGUUCUUCUGCAAACUUUUUCCCAGUAAAGAUGUAGAAAAUGUUGACAAUUUAUAUAAUCAUAACUUCAAAGGUUUAUACUGCACAUGCAAUCGCCCGUAUCCUGAUCCAGAUGUUGAAGAACAAGUCGAGAUGAUACAAUGCUGUAUGUGCGAGGACUGGUUUCAUGAGGAGCAUAUUGGUCUUGAGUCAUCCAAUGAGAUUCCUAGAGAAGAGGAAGGAGAGCCUCUGUAUGAGGAUUUCAUAUGCAAUGCAUGCUCGGCAGUUUGUUCCUUUCUGUCCCUAUAUCCUCCAACCAUGUGGGCGGCUGUAGUGCAGCAUAGUGGUAGUACUAAUACCAAAAAGGAUAAAGAUGUAAUGCAAGAUAUCCCUUCAGCUUGUGGUUCUGAAAAAACUGAGAAUGGUAUUUGUUCUGGUAGUUCUCCUAAAAAAGAUGAUCUAAUGGCUGAUACUAAAUCUGAAUCUUUGUCUGGUGGGAAGGGAUUUGAUACUGGAGAAAGUUCUGAGAAGAAAGUUGGUUCAAAUAAGGAUGAUAUUUCACAUACUAAAUGUCUUCUUGGAGAAAAACUGGUGUCAGAUAUCCCUAUUUUACCAAGUAAACCACUAUUUCUAUCCAAAAAUUGGAGGGAUAUUCUCUGCAGAUGUGAAAAAUGCUUAGAUAUGUACAACCAGAAACAUAUUGGUUAUCUUGUUGACAAGGAGGAUUCAAUAGCGGAGUAUGAAAAAACAGCAAAGCAGAAGAGGGAAGAAAAGUUGCAACAACAAGAGGGUUCUGAGUUAAGUUUUCUCGAUAAACUUGGCCAUGUAGAGAAAAUGGAGAUUCUCAAUGGCAUUGCGGACAUGAAAGACGAGUUUCGGACUUUCUUGGAAUCUUUUGACCCAUCAAAUGCAGUCACAUCUGCUGAUGUGCAUCAGAUUUUCGAGAAUCUUGCAAAGAAGCGCAGGCGUGUGGAAUGAAACUUUGCUGGAUCUUUUCUAGAGCUCUGUUGCAUGUGUAAACUUAAAUCUUCUAUGUAGAUGCUUUCAGAACUGAUUUUGGGGUAAAAAAAACACAUUGUGAAAGCAUACUAGUUUAGCUUCUUUAAAGUCUAAAAUUUCCCUGGCUCCGGUAUGAACCAUUUGAUAUGUAGAAUUAUGUGUUUGAUAACUCAGAAUCAACUUGGUCUUUUCUAUUUAUCUGCUUAAAAUGGAAUAUCCCUGAAUCAGGUCGAUCCUGUGAAAAGGUACAUUGAUGCUGUUGUGUUGUCGGAGACCAAAAUAUGAUUACCAUUAUGUUCCCCAUGUAGAAGAAUCAAAUCUCUUGAUCUGCAUUUACAUUAUCAGCCUACUUGACAGACUACCCAAAAUUAUUACUUAAAAGCACCCAUUCGAUGAUCAGCAGGACAACAUAACACGUCAGUCAAAACCUUGGAAUAUG